AUGUGUGUAUGUCAAAAAAGGAGAAGGAAAGAAGUAGUAGACAAGAAGGAGAAGAAGGAAGUUGCUGAUUUACUUUUGGUCGACCGUUCAUCUUUAUCUCUCCUCUCAUCCCCUCUCCUCUCCUCUCAUCUCCUCAACAUCAUUUGUGGUAGUGGAAACAACAGCAAUCAUCAUAGUACCAACACCUCACAGAAUAGUUCACCGCAGACACUGUCGCCACUAUUAAAUGGCAAUGGCACACCGACCAAGCCAAAGCGUGUGGUGGUAGCUGCCACCCGUGCACGUCAGAUGUUCUCUUUUACAGAGUUGGCUGGUACCGAUCUGACACUGUUGAUGGAGGAGGCGUUUCUAUCGAUGCAACACGAAGAAAUCGAUGCUCUCAAAAUGGUGUGUCGCGAAAUGCCAAGAGACGAAACAGUCAAUCAUAUCAAUCAAUUGGAAUUAAGUCAAAUCCAAGAGUACAUUGAACAAAAUCCACAUAUCACAACAACCACCACAACGACAACAAUAACAGCUGUUGGCGCAGCCAAUCUUUUAAAUUCAUCUACAACAUCAACAUCUUCCUAUUCUGAAACAAAUCAUCAAAAUGGAAAUGGAAAUGGAUCAUCAUCAUCAUUACAAGUCAACGGAUAUGGGCAUAGUAGAGGAAACUCUUAUGGAGAAGAAUACAAUUCAUUGACAAUGUCUGGGUCAAGUAAUGGAUCAACAUCAUUGGCUUCAUCAAAUGAAUCACCAUCUUUAACAUCUAGUAAUUCAACUCCAACAUCUUAUAGAAAAAAUAUAGCGGAAAAAGAAAAACAAAAAAAGGAGAAACAAAGAAAAGAAAGAGAAAAGAGAAUGGAAGAGGCAUUAAAGGUUUGGACUGAAGAUAUCAUUCCAAACUGGGAAAAGAAAAAGUCUACUAAAAAGGUUAGAGAUCUUAUUUAUCAAGGUAUUCCUUCUCUUGCAAGAAGUAAAGUUUGGCCAUUAAUCAUUGGCAACGAUUUAAAUAUUACUCCUGAAUUAUUUUCAAUAUUUGGGGCAAGAGCAGAAAGAGCAAAACAAAAAGGAGAUGCAUCAUUGGGUAGAGAAGGAACAGUAACAUUGAUUCAAUUGGAUUUACCUAGAACCUUUCCAAUGUUAUCAAUCUUUCAAAAUGAAGGACCUUUACAUCAAUCUUUGGCAAAUGUUUUAGAGGCAUAUGUUUGUUAUCGUCCAGACGUUGGCUAUGUUCAAGGUAUGUCAUAUUUAGCGGCACUUUUCCUUUUAAUCCUUGAUGAAUACAAUGCUUUUGUUUGUCUUGCAAAUGUACUUAAUAAUCCAUGUUAUAUGACUUUUUAUACUAUGAAUAUGUCUCAAAUGGAAAUAUAUAUGAAAGCAAUGGAUAGUUUAAUGUCAAUUAAUUUACCAAAACUACAUAGACAUUUAUCGGGGAUGGGUAUUCAACCCGAUGUGUUUAUGAUUGAUUGGGUGCUGACAAUAUUUUCAAAGGCAUUGCCAUUGGAUGUGGCAUCACAUGUUUGGGACAAUCUCUUUUUAGAAGGUGAAUUGUUUAUUUUCCAGGCUGCGCUUGGUAUCUUAAAGAUGUACUCUAAAGAGUUGGAAGGUGGUGAUUUCGAUGCUUGUAUGACGCUUCUAACACAUUUACCACAAGACAUUGAUGACGAUGAACUCUUCCAACACAUCUCUUCAUUUACAAUUCAUCCAAAACAAUAUUCAAAAUUAAUUCAAGGUUGCGAUAAUAUAAAGACAUUUUGUAAAUAA